AUGGCCAUGGAGUUGAUUAUAUCAGCAAUACCAGAUAUUAGAAAGAGAGUUUCAAUUGUGAGUCUACAGCCGGAAUAUGAUCGAACAAGUGAGUUGAAAGCUUUCGAUGAAACAAAAGCUGGUGUUAAAGGACUUGUCGAUGCAGGAAUUAAACAUGUUCCUCAGAUGUUCCAUCAUCCAUCAGAUGAGUUACAGAACAACUCAUCUGUCUCGGAUGAUGCCAUCCACGUUAGUAUUCCGCUUAUUGAUCUCGAAGGUGUGAAGGAAGAUCCUGGGACUCGUCGCGAGAUCGUCGAGAAAGUUAGGAGUGCAUCGGAAUCAUGGGGUUUCUUCCAAGUCAUGAACCAUGGAAUCCCAGUGAGUGUCCUGGUGGGUAUGCAGGAUGGUGUAGUCCGGUUUUUCGAGCAAGAUUUGGAGGUUAAAAAGUUCUUUACUCGGGAUACCAGGACCAAAAAAGUGGCCUACAUUAGCAAUUUUCAUCUUUAUAGCUCACCAGCAGCAUACUGGAACGAUACACUUUACUGCACCAUGGCUCCCGAUCCUCCCCUGCCGGAGGAGUUACCGGAGUUAUCCAGGUAA